CUCUGUACAAGGAAGACGUGAUGGAGGAAUAGAGUCUGGGAUGUGCGGGAGAAAACAAAUGGAACAAGCACAUCAAGUCUCUGAGGAAAGUGAUAAGUGGCCAGACAUGGAAGAGGAUGUUGGGGAUCAAGAUGGGAUGAAUCAGCUGGAAGAAAACCAAAGAAAUCAAGAGAGAAGUAAAUACCUGGAUGGUGACCUCCAUGCAACUACUGUAGAAGAAAAAAUUCCGAAAGAAGAGAAAGAGACAAAAUGGCCUGUGAAUGGAAAAAUAUUCAGUUGUAAAUCAACCCUUGAUGACCACACAGCAAAGAAACGAUAUAAAUGCCUUGAGUGUGGAAAGAGUUUCAGGGACAAUUCUGGUCUUCUCACCCAUCAAAGAACACACACAGGGGAGAAACCAUUUGAAUGUCUGGAGUGCGGAAAAGCAUUUAGUCGAAAGAGGGCACUUAAUAUCCAUAAAAGAAUCCACUCAGGGGAGAAACCAUUUCAGUGCUUGGACUGUGGAAAGAGAUUCAUCCAGAAGGGUAACCUUCAAAUGCAUCAAAGAACUCACACAGGGGAAAAACCAUUUCAAUGUCUGGAGUGUGGGAAGAGUUUCAAUCAGCAGGGAAAACUUACAAUUCAUCAGAGAAUUCACACAGAAGAAGGGCACCCAUUUAAAUGCCCCGAGUGUGGAAAGAGUUUUAGGGGCAAAGCCGAACUUAUCGCCCAUCAAAGAACACACACAGGGGAGAAACCAUUUGAAUGCCUGGAGUGUGGAAAAGCGUAUCAUUCAAGAUGGGGACUUACUCUUCAUCAGAGGAUGCACUCAGGGGAGAGACCAUUUCAAUGCUUGGAGUGUGGACAGAGAUUCCGCCAGAGAUGUACCCUUAACGUACAUCAAAGAACUCACACAGGGGAAAAAACCUUUCAGUGUUUGGAGUGCGGAAAACAUUACAGUCAGGGCUAUCGCCUAAAGCUCCAUCAAAGAACACACACAGAGGAGAAACUAUAUAAAUGUCUAGAAUGUGGAAAGGAAUUUAUCGAGAAGGAUGAGCUUACUUCCCAUCAGAGAAUUCACACAGGAGAGAAACCAUUUGAAUGUAUGCAGUGUGGAAAGAAGUUCAAUCAUAAGGGAACUCUUACUAGUCAUCAGAGAAUUCACAUAGAAGAGAACCCAUUUAAAUGCCUGGAGUGUGGAAAGAGUUUCAUGGACAAUUCUGGCCUUCUCGCCCAUCAAAGAAUGCACACAGGGGAGAAGCCAUUUGACUGUCUGGAGUGUGGAAAAGCAUUUCGUUGGAGAGGAGCAUUUGAUGCCCAUCAGAGAAUCCACUCAGGGGAGAAACCAUUUCAAUGCUUGGAGUGUGGAAAGAGUUUCAGCCGGAAGAGUUCCCUUCAAGUGCAUCAAAGAACUCACACAGGGGAAAAACCAUUUAAAUGCCUUGAGUGUGGAAAGAGAUUCAGGGACAAUCGUGACCUUCUCGCCCAUCAAAGAACGCACACAGGGGAGAAACCAUUUGAAUGUCUGGAGUGUGGAACAGCAUUUGGUUGGAGGGGGGCACUUACUGAACAUCAGAGAAUCCACUCAGGGGAGAAACCUUAUCAGUGUUUGGAGUGUGGACAAAGGUUCCGGCAAAGGGGUUCUCUUCGAUACCAUCGAAAAACUCACUCAGUGGAGAGACCAUUUAAAUGCCUGGAGUGUGGAAAGAGCUUCAAUGAAAUGGGAUCCCUUAUAUCACAUCAAAAAGCUCACUCGGAGACAGAUUCAGCGGAGGAGGAGUCCAAUCUCCCAGAAAAGCCCUCUCCUACAGUACACCUAAAGCAAGAGGAAGGAUCCUCUGGGAGCAAUGCCUCAUCUGUGGUUCCCAACAAUCCAUUCAACCCUGUCCUGAGCCCAGUCAUGACUCUAGACUCUUCUUCCACCACCCAGAGUUCAGCAGAGCACCAAUGGCAGUGCAUGAGGUGGGACACUCAGAGCCAUGGUGGCAGAGCAUUCCUGAUUCCCAGAAUACCAUUUUAUCCAGAAUAUACUCAUGAGGAAGAGCCUACUCAUGAACAAGGGUCCAUUCAUGUGAAGGAAGAUCCAGAUGGGACUACCAGUGAGGCAGAGUUAGCUACAAUUGCUGAAUGAGGUUCAGCCAGAACAUACACUCUCAGUCUCCCUCGGACCUUCCCUUGGUUAACAGCUCCCAUAGAGCAAUUUGACUCCAUUUAUGGGUCCAAGUCAGGAAAAAAUAACUUAAGGGUCUGGAGUAUAAAAGGAGCAUGCACACCUCUUAUUUCACACAAAUUAUUUAAUUACUAAGUGAAGGAGAAUCCGUAGAAAUGCUCCUAUGUGACGGUUGUUCUCGUAAAACAGGCCUUAAAUAGGAUUCACUUUUCUUUUCGGAAAGCCCAAGAAAUGUUCCGGUUGUAGUAUGAAGCUUUUACAAUGGAUCAAGUGAUGCAUUUGCGUGUGCAUGGCUAUUUGGUAUUUCUCUCUCGCACUCCUGCACACACAGAAGCACAGGGAUUGUGGAACGUGUUUUAGUAAGUAUUAAUUUCCCCUUUUGAUGAAAUCGUUGGUAUGGAAGAGAAAUCAUUGAAAGGCAUAGAAUAUAAUCAAAUAGGGUUUGGGGGCAUGGGAUAAGUGAAUAUACAUAGAAAAACCCAUAUAAAUGCCUGGUGUGUGGAAAGAACCUGGAAACUUUAUUCACCAGAUUUACCAAGGUUGCCAGUGACACCAAAUUAUUUAAGGUUGUUAAAACUCAAAGGGAUUGUGAAGAGCUCCAAAGGGAUCUCUCCAAGCUGGGAGAGUGGGCAUCCAAAUGGCAGAUGCGGUUCAAUGUAAGCAAGUGAACCGCCCAGGGUGCUUCGGCUAUUGGGCGAUAUAAAAAUGCAAUGAAUAAAUAAAUAAAUGUAAAGUGAUGCACGUUGGGGCAUAAAGCUCAACUUUAACUAUAACCUGAUGGGAUCUGAGCUGGUGGUGACCGAACAAGAAAGAGAUCUUGGGGUUGUGGUGGACAGCUCGAUGAAAAUGUCCACCCAGCGUGCGGCCGCUGUAAAGAAGGCAAACUCCAUGUUAGGCAUGAUAAGAAAAGGAAUUGAGAAUAAAACGGCCGGUACCGUACUGCCUUUAUACAAAUCUAUGGUGCGGCCAUACUUAGAAUACUGUGUACAGUUCUGGUCACCACACCUAAAAAGGGUAUAGAGCUGGAAAAAGUGCAGCAAAGGGCAACUGAAAUGUUUAAUGGGCUGGAGCAACUUCCCUAUGAGGGAAGGUUACAACAGCUGGGAUUGUUUAGCUUGGAAAAAAGGAAAAAAGGAGGCUAAGGGGAGACCUGAUAGAGGUGUACAAAAUUUUGCAGGGUGGGGAGAAUGUGGACAGGGAGACAUUUUUCUCCCUCUCUCAAAAUCCUAAAUCCCGUGGUCAUGCCAUGAAGCUGAUUGGUUGGAGAUUCAGGACAAAUAAAAGGAAGGACUUCUUCACACAGCGCAUAGUUAAAUGAUGGAACUCACUCCCACAAGAUGUAGUGAUGGCCACCAAUUUGGAUGGCUUCAAAAGGGGGGUUGGAUAAAUUCCUGGAGGCGAAGGCUAUCCAUGGCUACUAGCCCUGAUGGUUGUGUGCUAUCUCCAGUAUCUGAGGUAGUAAGCCUGUCUGCACCUUUUGCUGGGGAACAUGGGUGGGAGGGUGCUGUUGACCUGUGUCCUGCUUUGUUGGUUCCUGGUCGACUGCUGGUUGGCCACUGAACAGAGUGCCAGACUAGAUGAACUCUAGGUGUGAUGUUCUUACAUUCUUAUGUUUGAUGAGUGGAUCCAUGAUCUGUUUUCAUUUGGAUUUAUCCAACUGCAACCAUUGACAUAAGUCUUUAUGAUCUAGUGGAGUGGGGCAAAUUGAUUUUUUACAGAUCCUUCUUUCCCUCUAGAGCCUUGUGUGGCGCAGAGCGGUAAAGCAGCAGUUUCUGCAGCUGAAACUCUCCCCACGGCCUGAGUUCGAUCCCAGCGGAAGCUGGUUUCAGGCAGCUGGCUCGGGUCGACUCAACCUUCAAUCCUGAGGUCGGUAAAAUGAGUACCCAGUUAGCUGGGGGAAAGGUAACAACAGCUGGGGAAUGCAACGGCAAACCACCCCGCUAUAAGGCCUGCCAAGAAAAUGUCAGCGAAAGCUGGCGUCCCUCCAAGAGUCAGUAAUGACUCAGUGCUUGCACAGGAGGUUCCUUUCCUUUCUUUCUCUCUAGAGCCCCCUUCUAGCCUCCAAAAUCUCCUCAAGAGUGCAUGCACAGUGUGGGAAGUGGCCCAGAGGGGCGUAAAAGAAUUGGUUAGUUUGGGGAACAUCACAUACGCCGUUUUCAACAGUCAUAUUGUCCUGACAGCACUGCAUAAGUGUAGGGGGGUAGACUCUGGCCAAACCCAACAUAUAUUUCUUCCCGAGGCAAACGAAAAGAUGGCGCCCAGAUCCUCCCCAUGUAUGCAACUCAAUCCAACGGACAGUGGGACCUUCCUGGCCUGAGCCAUAUCCAUGUGGCAAGAGAUGCUGUUGCCGCUCCCACAAUGAUGUCAUGACUGGAAUCCUGUUGUGCCCCUGUUCUGGUACAGGUGGACACUCAUGGCAGCAGGUGAGAUUAAGAGGCGCGGUGAGGCCUUAACAUAAGACGAGCCAUGCUGGAUCAGACCAAGGGCCCGUCUAGCCCAGCACUGUUCACACAGUGGCCAAUCGGCUGUCCAGAAACUUCAGCUGGUCCAAGAUCGGGCAGCAAGAUCAUUAAUGGGGACUGAUCAAUACCAUCAUGUAAAGCUGUCUACCAGGCCAAAUUCAAAUUGCUGAUAGUAACUUUUAAAGGCCUGAAUGGCUUGUGACCAGGUUACAUGAAGGAUUGUCUCCUUCCAAAUAUACCUGCCGGCAGCCUGAGGUCGUCGUUCAGAGGCUUUCUUCUGGGUGUCUGCCAAAUCAAAUGACUUGUGUGGCUCCUACAGAGAGAGCCUGCUUCGUGGUGGCACCCCAGCUGUGGAAUGCUCUUCCCAGAGAGGCUCGCCUGCUGCCCACAUUGCGUUCUUUUUAGUGCCAGGGGAAGACCUUGCCACGCCUGGUCUUUGUAGACCUUCCAUUUGUUUCAUAAUAUAGGUUCUUGUUAUUUUUGAUCCUUCCAGAAUGUUCUUUUUUACAUUGGUUUUAUUCUGUUUUCAUCUGUCAAACAUUUUAUGUUUUAUCAUGUCGUAUUUAACAGUUUCUAAAUGUUUGUGAACUGCCCAGAGAGCUUUGGCCAUUAGGUGGUAUAGAAGACUAAUAAAUAAACAAAUAGUUUCCUCUGA